GCAAUCUCACACGCCGCCAGAGCUCCACUAACCAGAUGAGGAACAAGUCGCCCUGACGACAGAAGGACGUGAAGAGUGGUGGUCACGAGAGGAGGUGGGAGGAGGAACAAGAGGAGGCGCUGAACUCGGGUCCUGGUCCUGGAUCCAGGGGACACCAGCAGUGAAGGAGGCACCUCACAGGAGCGAGCGCUCGAUGCUCACAAUAACUGAGGCCACGUCUCUCCACUCAUCCUGCAGUCCGAACCAAAAGACUCAUGACCCCUAACCUGGUCUUUAAGACCCCAGGAGAACUUGUGUCCGAGCCUAUGUGACGAAGGAUGGCACCGUCGCUGAAGUUGGUGCUGGUUGUGCUGACUGUCUGCUCCGUGUUUGGGGUCUACAUCACGUACAGGAAAGCCACCUCGUCCUGGACACUAGUCGGACUACGGACAAGCGGUACACUCAGCGUGACGCUAGACUCAAAGGUUCCGAUGCCUCCUCCCACUCACCUGAGUGCUCUGUCAAGAAUGAACCGGACCACAACGACAGUGACCCCACGGAAGGACAGACCAAAGCCGCAGCCGCCCGUUCUCACUGAGCCUCCAUUUAUCGGAGACUCAUACAUGAGCGAGGAUCUUCCGACACAAACAAACUGCAGCAACAGAAUCAGAAGUCGAAUAUCAGCCACAGAGUUUGGAGCACGGUUUCUGGACAGGAUUCCAGUCCUACAGUGGGCCAAACAUGUGUCCCUGGAGCUGCAUCAACGCCUGCGGCAGUACCCUGGAACGCACGGCUGGGGAGGGAUCAGCUUUGAGGAUCUGAACAGCACCCUCUCGUUCCUCAACUCCACCGCAAACUCGCAAAUGUUCGACGACUGGCAAGAACGUCGCAACCGAUCCCAGUGCAUCCGCUGUGCUGUGGUCGGGAACGGAGGGAUUCUCAAGGGCUCCGGGAAAGGAUCCGAGAUCGAUCGACAUGACUAUGUGUUCAGGACCAAUGGCGCCAUCACCAAAGGUUUUGAGAGUGAUGUUGGCUCUCGCACGACUCACUACAUCUUUUCCACCAAUACGCUGCGUAACUCCAUGGCCACGUACUCGCGGGUCGGCUUCCGAGGGCCCCCCAUUUCUGAGGAAACUCGCUAUGUUUUUCUACCAGACCAUGAUCGUGAUUAUCUUCUGAUGAAAGCGGCCGCCACUAAAACUUUAGUGUCGCGAGGACGUGAUCGUGGGAGAGAUCCAAAGAAACUCUUUGGCAACGAUGUUUCCAAGAAGAAGUUGAAGAUGUUUCACCCUGACUUUGUGCGCUACAUCAGGAACAGGUUUCUGCGCUCCAGAAUCCUAAAGGGUAGGUACCGGAACAUUUAUCGUCCGUCCACCGGCGCCACCAUGCUGCUUGCCGCGCUUCACACCUGUGACCAGGUGUCGGCUUACGGCUUCAUGACCUCCAACUAUGGGAAUUACUCAGACCACUACUACGACCGAAACUUCCACAAGGUGGGAUUCUUCGCCAACCACGACCUGAAGCUGGAAAUGGUUCUGUGGCAGCAGCUGAACGAGGCUGGACUCAUUCACCUCUACACAGGGAAAUGAUGCUGUGGCUGGCACCAGUCCUAACCUGGAGCUGACAGGUUUUGGGAACUUGAGAAAACCACAUCUAACAUUACUGUACUGCUGGAGCCCUGUCGGCACAGUUCCACAUAGUACUUUGUCAGAUCAGAUCUUUCUCAACCUCUUUAUUUAUUAAAUCAAGUAUUUAUGAUUUUUUUCCUCUUCUUUCUGUUUUAAUUUAAAAUCAUUUGAAUACUUAUGAUUGUAAAUUUUAUACAUAAAUAUUUAUUACUUCGUACUUUGCUUCUGACAAGGCUCCAGUGAUUUUGUGCCGAACCUCUCGCCUCCACCACAAACUGACCUCUGGGGCGAGUCUCUUGGAAGACUCUGCCCAUUUUCCGAAUGAAGUCGUUGUUCUGCUGCUUCCGGGCUGACUUUCGAGCCACUUCGUCUUGAAACAUAUCUCUUGGUUACUUGAAUGGACGCUCAAGUUCAACGUCAGAGCUCUGACUGAGCAGCACUUUGGACUCAUCAGCCCCAGUCUGUGUUUGAAGCGUCAUACAUCUUAUCAUAGACAACUGCUGACAUCCAGAGCCGACAGAAUGUUCUUUUGAACCUGAGUGACUGGUACAGCAGGUUGAGGUUCAGUCAUUCUUCAGGCCACGGUGCCAACACCCAGCCCAGAUACACUCCACGCAUGUGUAGGAUUGACUAUGCUAUUGACAAUCUCCUCCGAAUGAGCUUUGAUGCAUCCUGGAUGUGCCUUUAGGUCAUGUGAGCGCCGCGAUCAUGCAGUCAAUUUCCAUUCUCACGCAAAUGUUUCUAGUUCUAAUUGAAGAGAUGAAUGAAUGUUUAUUUUUGUAUCACUUGAUCUCUGGUGGCGCUGCUCACCAGAACCGACCCACGGCCACAUUUUCAUCAGGGAACGCUGUCUGUCUUAACUUUGUGAAUAAUCGCUGAGGUCAGUGGUUACAGUGCAAUUUUGUUUCUUGAAAUAAAACAUCUUCACUUGAACUGUGAGUUAAAGAUUCGUUUUGCUCUAGGCGUUUUCAUCCUCACA